ACUAUUAAAGAGAGUCUCUUUUUGACUUUAAUCAAUUUUCUUUGAAUUUCACCAAAUUUCGCUUCCUUAUAAUAUUAAACAUAUUUUCUUUAUUACUACCAAUUCCUUACACUUCUAUUUGCUCAUCAAUCACUUGAUUUUCUCUCUGGUUGUGUUCUUUCUCGAGAACUACGUUCCGAAUAAAGCGUAAAGAAUGCGUGCUCCGUCAUUACUCGCACAAUGCAUACCUGGCUUGGUCCCUCAAGACCGAGCAAGCGUUAGCAUUUCCAGUGUUUCAGAUAGGGAUGUGCAGCUUCCUUCUCCUGCUGUUGAGAUUCUCCCUUCAAAGAUCGCUCACCCUUAUAGAUAUGCAGGAGAGAAUGUUGAAUUGCAAGGGCUAAACGUCUUCAAGGGAAGAGUUAGCGUUGCUGAUAUUAUUGGGUUCACAGGUUCCGAAAUGAUAUCAUCAAAAAGUGACGGGUCUAUGAAAUCUUGGAACAGCUCUCUUGAUCUUGUAAAUGUCCUUAAGCAUGAAAUCCGCGAUGGACAACUGAGCUUUAGAGGCAAGAGAAUUCUUGAGCUUGGUAGUAACUAUGGACUUCCUGGGAUCUUUGCUUGCCUGAAGGGGGCUUCUGCUGUGCACUUUCAAGACCUGAAUGCAGAAACACUAAGGUGCAUGACUAUACCAAAUGUCCUUGCCAACCUUGAGCAGGUUCGGGAGAGGCAGAGUCGACAACCAGAGAGCCCUCUUACUCCAUCAAGGAACUCUCUGUCACCGUCAGUCCACUUCUAUGCUGGGGACUGGGACGAACUUCCAACAGUGCUGUCAAUUGUGAGAAAUGAUGCCUUAGAAGCAACAACAGGCAUGAACCUUAGCUUCUCUGAGGAGGAUUUCAUGGAUGCAUGUAGUAGCCAGGACGGUAACAUCAUAGGGCACGAAACUUCCUCAAGGCGAUCAAGGAAGCUUUCGGGAAGCCGGGCAUGGGAGAGAGCUAGUGAGAUUGAUCAUGGAGAAGAUGGCUAUGAUGUUAUUCUGAUGACAGAUAUCCCAUACUCUAUAAUUUCUUUGAAGAAGCUGUAUGCUCUCAUUAAAAAGUGUAUGAGGCCUCCAUAUGGAGUAUUAUACUUGGCAACAAAGAGAAAUUAUGUCGGUUUCAACAAUGGAGCUCGACAGUUGAAAAGUCUGGUAGAUGAAGAGGGCAUUUUUGGAGCUCAUUUAGUUAAGGAGAUGGCUGAAAGAGAUAUUUGGAAGUUCUUUCUCAAGUAAAAUUUGCUAACUGAUAUAGAUCCUCAAUAUCUACGAGUUCAGAAUCCUAGUCUUGUAUAUUACGUAUCAAAAUUAUCCUUCAUUUUUUCUUUCUUUUCAUAACAGUGAAAAAUCAGAAUUUAAGAGUUAAAAUUAGUGAUUUUUGUGUCAUACCUAUGUAAUUCUUUUUUGUUUUAUUUCACAUACAAAAUAUAUAAAUUCUUUGUCA